GCGGUUUUCUUCAGUUCUCGCGUGGGAGGCCGCUUAUGCUCUGCGCUUUUCUGGGGCCAGUUCCUCACCACGAGGGAGCGACCGCAUCAAGAGAAGUUUAAACUGUUAAAUCCUCAGGGAGCAAAUAUUUACAUUUACCCAGCGGAAAAUGUUAUGCCCAGGAGCUACUGCGCGAUUAUGUCGGAGUCAGGUCCGAUAGGUGGUGUGUGAACAUCUGAAGGUCGGAGGUCCUGACGCUCUUCUUCCUGUCUGUUGGCACGUCUUCAGAGUUGUCCGCAUUUUUCCAAGACAGCAGAAAAUGAACAAAUCCCAGAAAUUCCAGGGAUCAGUAUCAUUUAAGGAUGUGACUGUGGGCUUCACCCAGGAAGAGUGGCAGCGCCUGGACCCAGCCCAGAGGUCCUUGUAUAGAGAUGUGAUGCUGGAGAACUACAGUAACCUUGUCUCACUGGGGUAUUGUGUUACCAAACCAGAGGUGAUCUUCAGGCUAGAGCAAGGAGAGGAGCCAUGGAUAUUGGAGGAAGAAUUCCCAAGCCAGAGCUUCCCAGAAAUCUGGAAAACUGAUCACAAGAAAGAAAGGAGCCACGAAAACCAGCCGAAACAUGUGUGGGAAGUUGCAUUCAUCAAUAAUAAAAUGCUAACUGAAGAACGAGGUAACGUAGUAGGAAAACCACAUAACUUGGACACAAAUUCUUUUCCUUCCAGAAAAACCCUCUGUCAGUGUGACUCAUGUGGAGUGAGUUUCAACUGUAUUUCAGAAUUGUUUAUCAAUAAGAAAAACUAUUUAGGAAAAAAGACUGAUGAAUUUAAUGCCUGUGGAAAAUUGCUACUCAGUAUUAAACACGAGAAAACUCAUACUAGAGAGAAAAGUGAAUUUUUUAAAAAUGGGAAAACUUUCAGUCAUGAUGAGGACCCUAUUCAUCAUGAGAAGAUUCAAACUUUAGAGCAAAAUUUUGAUCAUAACAUUUAUCAAGAAACCUUCCUUGAAAAGGCAAUAUUCAGUACAUACAAGAAAGAGAUUGCAGAAGGGAAUGACUGUGAAUGUAAUGAAUAUGGGAGAACCUUCUUUGAUAAAUCCUUCUUAUUCCAUCAGAUAAAUUCCUCAAAGGAAAAUCACUAUGGAUUUAGUGGUUGUGGAAAAUCCUUACGUGUGAAGUCUACCCUUUUGAAACAUCAUGGGGCACAUAUGAAACACUAUGACUGUAAUGAAAGUGGGAAUAAUUUUAGGAGGAAUUUAUGCCUUUCACAACUUAAAACUCAUAAAGGAGAAAAACACUUUGAAUGUAAUGAAUGUGGGAGAGCGUUUUGGGAGAAAUCCCACCUCACUCGACAUCAGAGGAUACACACAGGAGAGAAACGCUUUCAGUGUAAUGAAUGUGGAAAAACUUUCUGGGAGAAGUCAAACCUCACUAAACAUCAGAGGUCACACACAGGGGAGAAACCCUAUGUGUGCAGUGAAUGUGGGAAAGCCUUCAGCCACAAGUCAGCCCUCACGUUACACCAGAGAACACAUACAGGGGAGAAACCCUAUCAGUGUAAUGCAUGUGGGAAAACGUUUUACCAGAAGUCAGACCUCACUAAACACCAGAGAACACACACAGGGCUGAAACCCUAUGAAUGCUAUGAAUGUGGGAAAUCCUUCUGUAUGAAUUCACACCUUACAGUGCAUCAGAGAACUCAUACAGGUGAGAAACCCUUUGAAUGUCCUGACUGUGGGAAAUCUUUCUGUCAGAAGUCACACCUUACACAACAUCAGAGAACUCACAUAGGGGAUAAACCCUACGAAUGUAAUGCAUGUGGGAAAACUUUCUACCACAAGUCAGUACUCACCAGGCAUCAGAUCAUUCAUACAGGGUUGAAACCUUAUGAAUGUUAUGAAUGUGGGAAAACCUUCUGCUUGAAGUCUGACCUCACAGUACAUCAGAGAACUCACACAGGGGAGAAGCCCUUUGCAUGUCCUGAAUGUGGGAAAUUCUUCAGCCAUAAGUCUACCCUCUCUCAACAUUAUAGGACUCAUACAGGGGAGAAGCCCUUUGAAUGUCACGAAUGUGGGAAAAUCUUCUAUAAUAAAUCAUACCUAACUAAACAUAAUAGAACACACACAGGGGAGAAACCCUAUGAGUGUAACGAAUGUGGGAAAACCUUCUGCCAGAAGUCUCAGCUCACUCAGCACCAGAGAAUUCACAUAGGUGAGAAACCCUAUGAGUGUAAUGAAUGUGGAAAGGCUUUCUGUCAUAAGUCAGCCUUAAUUGUCCACCAGAGAACUCAUACAGAAGAAAAGCCCUAUAAAUGUAAUGAAUGUGGAAAAUCUUUCUGUGUGAAGUCAGGACUUAUUUUACAUCAGAGAAAACACACAGGGGAGAAACCCUAUGAAUGUAAUGACUGUGGAAAAUCCUUCAGUCACAAAUCAUCCCUCACAGUGCAUCACAGGGCUCACACAGGAGAGAAAUCUUGUCAAUGUAAUGAAUGUGGGAAAAUUUUUUACCGUAAAUCGGACCUUGCUAAACAUCAGAGAUCACACACGGGGGAGAAGCCCUAUGAAUGUAACACAUGUGGAAAAACCUUCUCUCAGAAGUCAAACCUCAUUGUACAUCAGAGAACACACGCAGGAGAAAAACCUUACGAUUGUAAUGAAUGUGGAACAUUUUUUAGUGAAAAGUUAGUCUUUGGUGUACAGCAGAGAACACACACAGGAGAAAAACCUUAUGAAUGUCAUGAAUGUGGAAAAACCUUCAACCAGAAGUCAGCCCACACAAGACAUCAGAGAACACACACCGGGGAAAAAUCUUGUGAAUGUCAUGAAUGUGGGAAAACUUUCUACAAGAAUUCAGACCUCAUUAAACACCAGAGAAUUCACACAGGGGAGAAACCUUUUGAAUGUCAGGAAUGUGGGAAAUCCUUCAGUGAAAAGUCUACCCUCACUCAACAUCGGAGAACACACACAGGGGAGAAACCAUAUGAGUGUUGUGAAUGUGGGAAAGCCUUCUCAUUUAAGUCCGUCCUUACUGUACAUCAAAAAACACACACAGGGGAGAAGCCCUAUGAAUGUUAUGAAUGUAGGAAGGCCUUUCUCAGAAAAUCAGACCUCAUUAAACAUCAAAGAACUCACACAGGGGAAAAACCUUAUGAAUGUCAUGAAUGUGGGAAAUCCUUCUCUGAGAAGUCAACUCUUACCAAACAUCUGAGAACUCACACAGGUGAGAAACCCUAUGAAUGUAUUGAAUGUGGAAAAUUUUUCUGCUACUACUCGGGUUUCACAGAACAUCAGAGAAGACACACAGGGGAGAAACCUUUUGGAUGUAAUGAAUGUGGGAAAAAUUUCCGUCAGAAGUCAGCCCUAAUUGUUCAUCAGAGAACUCACAUAAGACAGAAACCUUAUGAAUGUAAUGAAUGUGGAAAAUCAUUCUGUGUAAAGUCAAAACUCAUUGCACAUCAUAGAACACACACGGGGGAAAAACCCUAUGAAUGUAAUGUUUGUGGAAAAUCAUUCUAUGUGAAGUCUAAACUCACGGUACAUCAACGAACACAUUUGGGGAGAAACCCUAUAAAUGUAAUAAAUGAGGGAAAUCACUCUGGGUGAAGUCAAGAGUUUAUAGAAAAAGAACAAAAAUGGGGAGAAAAAUCCAUUGAUAACAAUGAUUGUGAGAACAUCUUUGGUCUAAAGUCAGUUCUCACAAUAUAGCAGAGAACUUACAGAGGGGAGAGAAUGAUAUGAAGCUGUGGAAUAUAGAAAACUUCUGUGCUGGGAUUGGACCCAUACUCAGUGGAGAAAACCUAUUGGUGAAUGAAUAUAGGGAACCUUUUGCCCAAAGCCACACCUCACUAAACAUCAAAGAAAACAAAUAAGUUAGAAACAUCUAUCAGCAUUUGUAGGGUGGAGAAGACUUUAUCCACGGGCCUUAGAAAAUGCACAAAUUAUAGGAAACUCUAGGAAAGCAUUUAGUCUGAGGUGAUGACUUGUGUGAAGUGCUUGAAGUAGUAUCUGGUCGAUGUUGGAAAUCACUAGAGAAAAUAUUUUCAAUAUGUGGAAGCUUUAAGUUAAAUCUAAGCUUAUACAUCAGAGGUUUUGAAGGGUUUCUAGCCAUUUAGGAAAUGUGGAGAAUGUUUUCAUUUAGAAAUAGUGUUUUCUUUUUGUAAAGAUACACUUUGGCCCCUUGCCAGUCCGUUGUUCCCCUCUGUUUAAGGUAUUAGAUGUGAAAACACACCACACUGGGAGCACAGUUGUAAGCACGUCAGAGGUUUAUUGCUCAGGCAUAUGCAGAAAAAGAGAAGAUUUUUAGCAAGAGGACCCACCAACAGGACUUUCUGAUGUCCAGGUAAAAGAGAGAGGUUUUGGAUCUGGUGACACAUGUAGGAGUAGCUUGCCAGCAGGAUGUUUUAGUAAUUCUGGGAUAGAUUGAUUUUGAGUGGCUCAUCCUGGAAUAGUGGAUCCAAGGGGAAAGGUGAGUUGCUAUGCAUGCAACAUAGUGAAUGUAGGAAAAGUGAGUGUGGAGCAUAGGUGGUUUCUUUCCUGGCAAGUGUCAUCCUGUUGUGAGUGACUUACUGUACCCAACUCUAUUUCUCCACGUACUUAACACCUUUCAUAUGUGAUGUAACAAUUUCAAAAAACAAACAUUUAGGGCGCCUGGGUGGCUCAGUUGGUUA